CGCCGCGCGUCGCUAUGGAGUCCCAGAACCAGGAGAUCGUAGCGAGUGGCUCGCCCGCCGAGGUGCCGAACGAUCCAGGGAAAAUGUUCAUCGGCGGCCUGUCUUGGCAAACCAGUCCAGAGAGCCUUAGGGAGUAUUUCACCAAGUAUGGAGACAUCACAGAAGUCAUGGUCAUGAAAGAUCCUACCACGCGACGAUCAAGGGGCUUUGGAUUCAUCACAUUCGCAGACCCCGCGAGCGUCGACAAAGUGUUAGCGCAAGGCAAUCACGAGCUGGACGGCAAGAAAAUCGACCCAAAGGUAGCGUUUCCUAGGAGAACACAUCCAAAGAUGGUGACGAGAACGAAGAAGAUAUUCGUCGGGGGAUUAUCGGCGCCGACGACGCUGGAGGACGUCAAAAAUUACUUCGAACAAUUUGGCCCGAUCGAGGAUGCCAUGCUGAUGUUCGACAAGCAAACCAACAGGCAUAGAGGCUUUGGGUUUGUCACGUUUCAAAGCGAGGAUGUCGUCGACAAAGUCUGCGAGAUCCAUUUCCACGAAAUCAACAACAAAAUGGUCGAGUGCAAGAAGGCACAGCCGAAGGAAGUGAUGCUCCCAGCGAAUCUGGCGAAGACGCGAGCGGCCAGCAGAGGCGCAUACGAUUUUAUGUGGUCUCUGGGAGCAUUACCUGAUGGUUUCCCAGCGGCGUACGCGGCAUACGCGGCGGGCCGCGGCUAUUCUGGGUACCCUAGUUUCGGAUUACCCUACCCGACAGGAGUGCCAGCGGUGUACUACCACGGAACAGGAAGUGAGAAUGCAGGCCGCGUGUAUACGGAGGCGCCGAUGCAACACGUCCAACGCAAUGCACUCCGGAAGAAAUUGGAUCUAACCAAUGGACAGCUCACCCCAAACAACAACACGCCCUUACUUACGCAAGCACUUUCUGUGAUGAACAACUACCAGGCGGCCGCAGCGCAGGCCGGAUUCCCGCCGGCGUCGCCGCAUGCGGCCGGCGGCCACGGUGGGCCUCAGGGCCGGUCUUUCCCGGCGGCCAAUUCGCCGGGCCCGAUUGACAUGUACAGCUCGGGCGCCGCAGCCGCAGCAGCAGUCGCAGCCGCGGAUUCCGUCGCAAGCUACGUCCAGGCCGCAGCUAGCCCGCAGCCCCCCACGACCGCGUUCCCCGCGAUCGCCGUAUCCCGUGCCCCGCUCAACUACAGUCCCGGGCCUCUCAUACCGGCGGCGUUCACUAAUGGCUACCAUUGAGCCUUGUUAAGACCUAAUAACAGGAUGGACGAGACGGCAGAACGCAGCACGGUCGCCUGAUGACAUUAUAAGCAACGGAAGUUUUGAAGCAGCUAAAUACAGUGGAUAAUCUCUGGACGAAAAAGAAAACACAUAUAUACACGACUACUGCAAAUGACGAUCGAAAGUUGCGAUGCAUUAAAAAAAUAAAAAAGAAAAAAAAAUAGAUAAUAUCGAGUAGAAGGCAACAAUCGAGUAAGAUCCAAUCGAUGCAACUUCAAAGUCCAGGUUGUAGACAACUGGACGUAAUAUUACGCGAAUAUCGACAACGCAUUAAGGCGAAGAAUUUAGACCGUUAGUCGGAUCUACGGAGGUUGGAUGCAGCUUAUAAGUAAAUAGAGAUGAAAAGCACGAAGACUGCUGAAGAGGAAAGGGAAGCUGAGGCGGGAGAAGACUACGCACGUCCAACGCACGUCCAGAGAAGAUCAGAGAGAAAUGAUGAGAGGAGAGCGACAGGAAGACCGACCGUCAGACGGAAACAGAAAGAGAAGACAACGCGCGCUGCAAUAGGCUUAGCUGUGGCCGAAACUGCGUAUUGACGCCAGCCCGUUCUCCGAUAUUAAAAAAAGAAAUAAUAAUAUAAUAAUAAUAAAUUAAAUUAAUAUUAUUAAUUGCUAAAUAUUU